AUGGCAGAAAGUGGAUUCAUCGGAUCAAUAGAUCAAGGAACGACGAGCACAAGAUUCAUCAUUUACAAUCACGAUGCUAAAGCCGUUGCUUCUCAUCAAGUCGAGUUCACUCAGUUCUAUCCCGAAGCUGGAUGGGUGGAACACGAUCCGAUGGAGAUCCUGGAAAGUGUGAAAGUGUGUAUCGCAAAGGCUCUUGACAAAGCCACAGCCGAUGGACACAACGUCGACGGCGGCUUGAAAGCCAUUGGACUCACGGAUCAGAGAGAGACGACCGUCGUCUGGAGCAAAUCCACUGGUCUUCCUCUCCACAAGGCUAUCGUCUGGAUGGAUGCUCGCACCAGUGCCAUCUGCAGGAGACUAGAGAAGGAACUAUCAGGAGGAAGGUCCCAUUUCGUGGAGUCUUGUGGCUUGCCCAUAAGCACCUACUUCUCUGCCAUGAAGCUUCUUUGGCUCAUGGAGAACGUCGACUCCGUCAAGGAAGGUAUCAAGAAAGGAGAUGCCAUCUUUGGCACAAUCGACACCUGGCUGAUCUGGAAUAUGACCGGAGGUGUAAACGGCGGCCUACAUGUCACUGACGUCACCAAUGCAUCGCGGACGAUGCUCAUGAACCUCCACACGUUAAGUUGGGAUGACAGCACUCUGAAGACUCUUGGCAUUCCAGCUGAGAUCUUGCCAAAGAUCGUGAGCAACUCCGAAGUCAUCGGAGAGAUCUGCAAAGGCUGGCCUAUUCCUGGUAUCAAGAUCGCUGGAUGUCUGGGAGAUCAACAUGCGGCAAUGCUGGGACAAGCUUGCAAGAAAGGAGAGGCCAAGAGUACCUACGGCACAGGCGCUUUCAUUCUCCUCAACACGGGAGAAGUGGCGAUCAAGUCAGGACAUGGACUUUUGACCACACUUGCUUACAAGCUCGGUCCUCAAGCACCAACGAACUAUGCACUUGAAGGUUCGAUUGCGAUAGCAGGAGCUGCUGUACAGUGGUUGAGAGACAGCCUCGGGAUAAUCAAGAGCGCGAGUGAGAUCGAGGAGCUGGCUGCUAUGGUGGAUUCAACGGGAGGUGUGUACUUUGUGCCUGCGUUUAACGGUUUGUUUGCGCCGUGGUGGAGAGAAGACGCUCGUGGUGUCUGCAUUGGGAUCACGAGGUUCACCAACAAGUCUCACAUUGCGCGAGCUGUCUUGGAGAGUAUGUGUUUCCAAGUGAGGGACGUGCUCGACUCCAUGAACAAAGACGCCGGUGAAAAGGGUUCCUUAGAUAACGCGAAAGGAGAGUUCUUGCUUAGAGUUGAUGGUGGUGCUACGGCCAACAACCUUCUGAUGCAGAUUCAGGCUGAUUUGAUGGGAAGUCCGGUGGUGAGGCCAGUGGACAUAGAGACAACAGCGCUAGGAGCAGCCUAUGCAGCUGGAUUGGCAGUGGGAUUCUGGAAGCAGGAAGACAUUUUCGAGUCUGGGGAGAAGGCGAACAACUCCAGAGUUUUCAGACCUGCAAUGGAAGAAGGAAUCAGGAAGAAGAAAGUUGAGUCAUGGUGCAAAGCUGUGGAGAGAACAUUUGACCUUGCUGAUCUCUCCAUUUAA